AUGGAAUUAGAAACAGAAACCAAAGAAAAUGAGAAGAUACAAGAGAUUUUGCGUGACAUGGAUGACAGCCCACAUAUCCUCUACUAUACGAAAGAGCCCCUACACAUUCAUCGCCACGGUAGACGGAAGAAGGUGCUUAUUGUCUCAACGCCAUACCAUGUGUAUCUGAUCAAGGCGAAGGGAAUUUCCCUUUACACCAGAUGGCCCAACAAACUACUGGCCGUCAGCUCUACACAAAACAUAAUUUCCAUUGGAACUUUGGAUUUGUCGCAGGGGCAGCAGCUGCAGACGUUUACCCAGACUGCAGUCUCUGAGGAAAUUAGCAGGGACGUGGAGUUCAAGACGGUGCAACUGGAGUGUGCCUCUGUGCUGCAGGCGACAAACACGGAGCGGUGGCUUCAGAAACUCGCCGCGGACGCACGGUGGCGCACGGAACAGUUGAAAAAUUAUGAGAGUCAUCCUGCACAAAAUGGGGCGCAGGAAGCGAAUGAAAAAGAAGAUGAAUGGAGUGGUGCAGAAAGCGAAGGUAGCGACGAUUCCACUGGACCCCUAUGGGGACAAAAACAACAACAACUUCUCCCGCAGCGGCCACGAGAGGGAGAAACAAGCAGCCUGUUUCAAAAGGCCCCGUCAAGGUACCUUGCUGUGGCGUCACUGGUGGAUGGAGAGUUUACGGAUUAUACCGCGUUGAAGAAUGCAUACAUUCGCAAUGAGGAGGAUAUUCUACAGGGGGAUCUUGCAGCGUUUAUAAAGGAAAAUGAGGGCCAAGUGGAGAAACUUUGCGAGAGUCAUUAUCCGGCCUUCCUCCACGCAGCGCGACAGUGCUUUUUCAUUUCCGAAAAGGAUGCCGAGUUGGUAGGGCAGGAACUCGGCGGUGCCACCACACUCGCCCGUUCCUCGGUGAUGGAGAUGAAACGGGCGGCGGCCGAUCUUAAUUUAUCACGUUGUGUCAAGCAAAACGUUGCACAU